AUGUCAUUUGAACCAAGAGAAUACCCCUUUCUACCCAAUCAAGAAGAAAUUUACUAUAAUGAUUUAUAUCCAUCACUGAAAAAUAAAUAUAGCUCAUUACCCAAUUCUUUAAAUGAAGAUGCAUUAGUUUUUUCUCAAGACACAAUUAUUUCCAAAUCUUCUGAAGAUUUUUCGGCUAGUAAAUCACCAACAUUUGAACUUGAAGUUUUCAAAAACAAUGUUAACUAUUUUAAUUUUGCCACAAUUACUUCAGAAGAUUCAUUGACCAUGAAUGAAUUAAAAAAAAUUGGUGACAAAAUCAACGCUCUUGAUUGA